AUUGUUUACAUUUUCUUUACUUCUUUUUUGUGUCCGGCCGGCAGUGGCAGUCAGUUAGAGAGGCAGAUUUGACUUUCAGUUUGCCGAAAAAUUAUGUUUACUUGAUGGUCAAUCAGUGUGUGUAUGUUUUAUAUUGCCAUGUCUCCUUUCCACCUUUCUCCAUGAAUAAAUGAAACUGGUUCAUCCAUAGCCCUAGCAGCAUGAACGACCUGAUAAUUUCUUCUGUUAUUACGAAGUGCCACAAAUCAACAAUUUCUGAAACUCUAAAACGAUGGGGAAGACUGGCGGAUUCGGAAGUUGAUCAGUUACUUCAAAACAGAUCUACGAAAGCUGAGAUUGCGGAAAAAGUAGCAACAUUGUCUGAGGAAAAUGGUCUACAUGCAGAUAUUGUUGGAGAUCUAGAACUGACUUAUAUGCAACUGCAUUCCAACCGCAAAUCAUGGAAAGUGUUCAGGUUAGAUGGGAGCUCCGAUAACGAUCUCAACUUAGACCCCCGGACUCUGCGUUCACGACUUGUGAGUGCAGUUGAGAUGAACUGGAGAAAUGGCCGUGUGUACGGCAACAUGAACAUGUUCGCGGGCGCCGUCUGGCUGAGGCUUCACUUUGGCUCGUCUCCCCUCCAACAACAGCAGAAGAAGGGGCCGCGACCUCGGGCGUACAAUCCCAACAACUCUGUCUUUCUCGUGGCUUUUCCGAACUCUCCAUAUGUGAUUGUAAAUAGGACAGGAAUUCGACUGACCAGGAUUGUGUCACAGGCAGUGAAGCAAGUGUUCGGAGCCAGUGGUCUGAAGGACAUUCAGCUGAGUGGGCGGCAUUUGAUGUCUUUGGCUGACAUUGUGCACAAGAAAAGCAACGAGACGAUGUCCUCUGCCUACCGUGACCAGGAGACUAUGGAGAACCCUCUGUGUGUUGGCCAAAAGAGAAAAGAAACAGAAUUGAAGGAGCCUGGUGAAGUUGAAGGAAUCGUGGAUGACAACAGAAAGUUCAAGCGCUCGAGGCGGGAGUCGCUGGUGGCAAAUUUUGGCGCCUCGUCUCGGCCCAUUCUGGAAAAGCUGGAAUACAAGUUCAACGUCCAGUUCCGCGGGAAGCCCACAACGGAUCUCAAGUGUCAGGCAACGAUCGAGAUCAAAGGAAAAUCCAUCCUGGACGGGUUCUGUCAGCUGGCAGACGCAGGGUAUGUCAAGUUCCCCCUGCCCAAACAUCUCACCACUAUCACCAGCAACGCAAGGAACUCGUUCACCAUUGAGGACAAGAAAAAGAACUAAUGAUCGUGACACUGGACGAUGAGACUUUACACCAUCACUUUUCUUGUUCUGGUGAAAAUUCAACAAACUAUUGUCUCGAUAGAGAAAAAUCGUUAUCAGACUCUUUUGAAGAAUUGUGUCAAUUUUCAAAAAAAUCUGAAUCGACACUUUUGUGUUUAUUCACAACAAACAAAAUGUACUUAAAUGAAAUUGGAACAGUGUGAAGAUUUUGCUUUAAAAAAAAAAAGAAUUUGGUUUCAUUGAAUUUAUUAUAGUUGAAUCCAAUAUGAUUGAAGCUUUGUUUUAUUUGAAAUUUCCUCUAACAAUGAAGCCACCAUUGCCAUAAACAUUUUUAAACUUCAUGUGUUUUAGACAAGUUUUACCUUUUAACCAAUUUCAGCUGCAUUUUUAUGGUGCUUGGUUGUUUUUUUUUCAGAAAGAAGUCACAUUUUACUGUGAAUUUGUUUUUAUUUUGCAAUGGUUAAAAACCGACUACACUGAACUUCUACUUGUGAAGUAUUUUUGUUUUAUGUGUCAGUGAUUAGGUAAGUAUAAUUUGCAGUAUAUGUAUAAAUGAUGCAAUUGUACUUUAUAUUUAUUUAUUAUUUUUCAUUUGGAAAGCAUCUAUAAAAUGGUGCACAGACAUUUUGCUGGUGUGUCUUUAAAUUUCAGAUGGUACUUGUAUUAACUAUAAUUAGUCUUUGAAAUUAUAAUUUCUCUUAUUUUCAUUUUUCUAAUAUGAAAUACAAAUGAGAGGCAAAAACGUGGGGGAGGGGGGGGGAGGAUCUCUUUUCAAAAUAUUGAUCUGGUGCUUUGACAAUAGUCUAAUGUUCAAAAUGUUCAUGUUGACAAAAUAUUAUUUUAAAAGCUUCUAGAGAAGAAAUUAGCGACUUCAAUAUCAUUCUCAUCUCAAUUAACCUGCAUGGAAGUGUACAAAUUUCUCCAAAAAUGUGUAUACUGAUUACUGAUAUAGAAAUGUCUUAAUUAAUGAAAAAAAUAAAUACGUACAACCUUA